CAACCCCGGUCCCCGGGGAAAAAUGGUCUUUUACCUGAAUUGAUUGAAACCCGGAUUCAACAGACCCGACCGGAAACCCGCAUAAUUCAACACCCGCUCAUCAAAACAAUGGGCCUGUGUCCGUGCGCCAGAGAGAAUCAAGCCCGAGACAGUGAAGCUACCACUAGGUGCGUAAGCGUAUACAUGUUAUCGGCGCCGAAACGCAGUACAACUACUGUUAUUACUGAUAACCAGACAAUUAAGGAAGGAAUAAGCAUACAGGCAAUUCUGCAGAUACAAGUAAGUAUACAUAGCCCAUACUCGCCGUGGUAGGCCAACAGAAGUUUCGAAAUUGGGAGAGUGGUAAAGCGACGCCGGAGCCAAAUUAGUCUAGAAAGAUGUUGCAGAGCAAGUCCUUUGUCUGCAAAACGAAGCAAGGCAAAGUUGUCAAGGUCGUUAGAGAACACUAUCUGAGAGACGAUAUCUACUGCGGAGCCCCUUUUUGCAAUGUCUGCGAUUCUAAAAGUGCUCGCUUGAGCUCCUCUGCCCCCACCAUUCUUAUUUUUGACACCAACGUCGUCCUCAAUCAGAUUGACUUGCUUGAGAAUCCGGCAAUUGAUGAUGUUGUCAUAUUGUCAGUGGUGUUGGAAGAGGUGAAGAACAAGAACCUCUCGGUUUAUAAUAGAAUCAGAGCCCUCUGCAGCAAUUCUACAAGGAAGUUCUUUGUGUUCUCUAAUGAAUAUCACAGGGAUACAUAUGUGAAGGCCAUGGUCGGUGAAAGUCCAAAUGAUCGGAAUGAUAGAGCUAUUUGGGUGGCAGCGCAGUGGUAUAAAAAUCAUCUUGGUGAUGCAACUAGGGUCUUACUAAUCACAAAUGACAGGGAGAACAAGAGGAAGGCCACUGAAGAGGGAAUUUCUGCAGAGACAGUUGAAUCAUUUGUGAAAUCACUUGGUCAACCUGGAUUGCUUGACCUGCUUGUUCAGCCUCAUUCAGAAGAUGUAGGCAUGGAGGAAGUUGAAGAUCUGAGACCUUCAAAGAGGAAAAUACUUUAUACUGAGCAUAAACCCAUGUCAGAGAUUACUGCUGGCUUGCAUUGUGGUAUUUUCCAUCGAGGGAAACUUCGUGUUAAUCGUUACAAUCCUUUUGAAGCAUAUGUAGGAAGUGAGAGCAUUGGUGAUGAGAUAAUCAUAUAUGGGCGUGUAAACAUGAAUAGGGCUUUCGAUGGUGAUAUAGUGGCAGUGGAACUUUUGCCUCAAGAUCAAUGGCAUGAACAGAAGUCAUUGUCCAUAGCUGAUGAAGAGGAUGAGGAAGAAGAAGAUGUUCAUCUAGUUCCAAGCAGUGCUGAUGAUGCUCCUAGAGUUCCAAAUCCAGCACAAGGUUCUGCGGGUGGUGCAAAUACUGUAUUUUCUCGUCCAUCUGGCCGUAUUGUUGGUAUCAUAAAACGGAACUCGCACUCAUAUUGUGGAUCUUUGGAGCCAAUGCCUAUGCCCGCAGGCACUGGUGGCGUUGCCCAUGCUUUAUUUGUCUCUAAAGAUCGCAGAUUUCCAAAGAUACGGAUUCAAACUCGACAGCUUGAAAAUCUUCUGGACAAAAGAAUUAUUGUUGCCGUUGAUUCUUGGGAUCUUUUAUCUCGAUAUCCUUCUGGGCAUUAUGUACGAACAAUAGGUGUAAUCGGUGACAGGGAAACUGAAAGUGAGGUAGUGUUGACAGAGAAUGAUAUAGAUUCAAGACCAUUUACUUCUCAAGUUUUGUCAUGUUUGCCACCAUUACCUUGGUCUGUGUCUUUUGAAGAUCUGGCAAAUCCUAUUAGGCAGGAUUUGCGUCGUAUACGUGUCUUUAGCGUGGAUCCUCCAGGAUGCACGGAUAUUGAUGAUGCAUUACAUUGUACAGCUCUACCAAAUGGAAAUUUUGAAGUUGGAGUUCAUAUUGCUGAUGUUACAAAUUUUGUGCACCCUGGAACCCCUCUUGAUGAUGAGGCUACACAAAGGGGCACAUCAGUCUACCUUGUUGAGCGGCGAAUUGACAUGCUUCCUAAACCUUUAACAGAAGAUAUUUGUGCUCUUCGAGCUGAUGUGGAGAGACUAGCAUUCUCUGUUAUCUGGGAAAUGACACCUGAAGCGGAGAUUAUUUCUACAAGAUUCACAAAAAGUGUCAUCAAGUCGUGUGCAACAUUGUCUUAUGUAGAAGCUCAAGCCAGGAUGGAUGAUAGGUGCUAUAUCUAAUUUUUCUUGUUAUACCUUACCCCUUAAAUAACUUGGG